AUGAGCCACAGCGAACCCAUCAAAUCGCCGACAGGCCACAGAGGGCGCAGCGAAUCACCACAGACGUCACGAAGCUUUGGCACAAGCUACAGAUCACAGCAUGGGGGAGACAGCAGGAUCGCCGCAAUCGCAGAGGAAGCUAUCGCGCAAGAUCUGCAAGAUGGAGAGUUCACAGAGGACGACAAUGUGCAAGAUGGAGGCGAGCUGGGAGCUGCGCUGAGCAGGACGAAUACGCGGGAUAUGCCGGAUAUGGGACCUCAUUCCAUGACCGGAUACCACAGGCGACCAUCGUACAUGGCUGCGACACCGAGGCCGUUUCUGGGAACUCAGCAGCCAGAGUCGAUAGUGCCUGUUGAGCAGGACUGGGAAGCUGCCAUCGGUGAAGAGAGGAGUCUGCUCAGAGACAACAACCUCAUCCCGCCAAAGCACCCGCGAAACAGAAGGGACGGCGAGAGCUCACAGGGACAUGGCUUGAGAAAAGUGUUGAGCAUGAGCUUUAGCGGGAGGAAGAAGAGCGUAGUCGCAGUGGACGAAGAAGAUGGAAUUUCACCUUCCGAAACAACAGCGCUCCUUCCCGGAGGCCGUGAUCCCAGUGCACCGUAUGGCGGCGAAGACACACCAGAAAACAUUGCCAAGAAGUGGGAAGAAGCAGUUGAAGCGGGCAAAAUCAACACCACCUGGCAGCGCGAGACGAAAGUUCUAAGCCGCUACUCCGGGCCCUUGAUCCUGACUUUCAUCCUGCAGAACUCUUUGACUUUGGCAUCCGUCUUCACAGUAGGCCACAUCGGCAAGAACGAACUCGGGGCAGUCUCACUAGGAUCUAUGACUGCCAACAUAACCGGCUACGCAGUCUACCAUGGUCUCGCUACGUCUUUAGACACCCUCUGCGCCCAGGCUUACGGCUCUGGAAACAAGAAACUUGUUGGUCUGUACCUCCAGCGCAUGGUCUUCUUCCUUUGGGCGAUCACAAUUCCAAUCGCGAUCAUCUGGCUAGCUGGUACUGAAAUCCUUGACUACAUCGUCCCGGAGCGCGAGAUUGCCGAGCUUGCAGGCGCAUAUCUGAAGGUACUGAUUAUCGGAGCGCCAGGAUAUGCGUGCUUCGAGGCUUCGAAACGAUAUGUGCAAGCCCAGGGACGGUUCGAUGCUACGCUAUACGUGCUGCUUAUUGCCGCGCCUCUGAACAUCCUGAUGCAUUACCUCUUCGUCUGGGUCUUCAAGUGGGGCUUCAUUGGUUGUCCUAUCGCCGUGGUAGUGACCGAGUGCCUCAUGCCCCUCCUCCUAUUCCUCUACGUCCGCUUCGUCGGCGGGAUGGAAUGCUGGCCAGGCUUCACACGCAAAGCCUUCACGAACUGGGGUCCCAUGGUACGACUCGCCCUUCCUGGCCUCGUCAUGGUUUUGGCAGAAUUCCUCGCAUUCGAGAUCCUCACGCUCGCAUCGGCAAGAAUCAGCGCUACGCACCUCGCAGCGAACACUGUCCUCCAAUCGCUCAGUGUCCUGACCUAUCAACUCCCGUUCCCACUCUCCAUCGCAGCGAGCACGCGAGUCGCCAACCUCAUCGGCGCAGGCCUCCCGCAAGCGGCAAAAGUCACAACAAAAGUCACUUUCAUCAUGGGCAUUUUCAUCGGCGUUUUCAACAUGGUCCUCCUCUCCUCCCUACGCUCCUACAUUCCCUGGCUUUACACCUCCGAAGCGGACGUCGUGGCCCUCGCAGCCGCUACAUUACCCGUCUGCGCUGCGUUCCAACUCUUCGAUUCCCUCGCGGCUCAGUGCAACGGAUUGCUGCGCGGCUUAGGAAAGCAGGAGGCGGGUGGGUACAUCAACCUCUUUGCGUAUUAUGUCAUUGCGCUGCCGUUGAGUUUCGGGCUUGGGUUUGGGAUACACUGGGAUCUUAUUGGACUUUGGGCGGGACCUGCUUUGGGGCUGGGAAUUGUGAGUGCGGUGGAAGGUAUCUACAUCUAUCGGACGAGUUAUGAGAAGGCUAGCGAGGAGGCGGCGGGGAGGAAUGCACAGGGGUAG